AUGGGCCGGCAACCGACGACAUCCAGACCCGGGCUCCUCGACUUCGCUGGACGGGCGAAGUGGGACUCAUGGAAAGAGACAGGCGCAAAAUACGCCAGCGAGUCCGAUGUAGAGCAGCGUUACAUCGACCUCGCAAGGCAGCUAGGAUGGAUAGACGGCACGCCCCUUACUCAUGGUGAAGGGUCUGAAGAAAGCGAGGAAGAGGAGGAGCCAAGUGCUGAAGAGUUACUGGCUCGCGAGAGCGAUUCUGAGGAGAAUGUCGCCAGCGAUAUGGGUAAAGUCAUGAGCACGAUAGUGUCCUCAGAAGAGGAAGCAAGUCCAGACCUGCAUUCAUUACAUGGCCUGGCCCUCAAUGGAGACCAAGGACUCCUAGAAGAAUACCUCCACGCGAAUCCCGACAUUAAUGUCAAUGAACGUGACGAACACGGUUACAGUGCCCUGCACUUAGCCUGCGACAGGGGUCAUGCCGGGGUCGUGAGAUUGCUGCUUGCACAUGGUGCCAGCAAGGAUCUGAAGGAUGCUGAUGAUUUCACGCCUAUGGAACUGGCAAAGGUGUCUGGGCAUGAAGACAUAAUCGCACUAUUGCAAAGAUGA